AUGGAUUAGGGAUGGGAAGUAAGUGAAGAACACUACUUAGAACAUUUAAUGUAAAACCCUCUAUUUUUAAAGAGGUAGGGAUCUUAAUAAAUUGAUAAGCCUGCCAUUUUGGCAUCUUAAGAAUCACCGAAAACAAGAAUGAGAUUUAGAACAACUUCAAUGGCAAAAUUGGAUGAGAGCAGCAAGCCUAAUUCUCCUAACAAGAAGCCAGUUAUGGAACCAUAAGUAAAAGUAGACUCCCAAAUCAAAUAAUAGCAGUCCUCAAUGAUAUUGAAAACACCUAUAAGAUAGCAAAAAUUUUAAUUAUAUCCUCAGAAGAUAUCUCUUCGGUCGACCCUAUUUUAAACUCCCUUGGAGGAGAGUAGUCCAAUAAAACUGGGGAGAACACUUUAGCCAAAAUAAUUUAAUCCUGUAUUAUAGAAUAUCAAUGACAUUCAUUACAACGGAAUGAAAGGGUAAACUAGAUCAGUGAAGAGUGCUUCAAUGAGCAAUCUUUUAAAUAAUGAUGAGCGUAUAAUGUAAAAGAAGAGAUUGGAAGAUUUCGUCUUCAAAAUUAGGCCACAAAGAAAUGCUAGUAUUCUGUAUGUGAACUCUUAGAGCUCUCUCCAGACUACUACAGAUGAUAUUGUACUUAGAAAAAUCUAAAAAUGA